GGAGCCUUGGAGGUUGACUCACCUUUCACCCUUUAGUCCUCUUCCUGUGUGCCAGUGGCCACAGUCCCAGCGUGGUGAGAAAAUCGUGUCCCCCUCCCAAAACCCCCCUUCCCCAAAAUAAAUUCCGCGGAGGCUUUCACAUCCGGAAUGGACCUGGCGGUGGGGGUGAGAGGCUCCGACGGCGUGGAAGCCCAGUGAGUGCCACACCUCUCUAAAAAACAAACAGACAAACAAACAAAAAUCCUGGAAGAGGAAAGAAUUUUUGUUGCACAUCUGACAGUUAAAAGUUCAGCUCUGGUUCUCUGAACUUUUCUUCUCUAGUAGAGGAAUACCAAGGAAGGCCGGCAUGGUUAAAUCAUGGCCCAGGACAAAGACAGCUUAUUGCUUUGCUACCAAAGGAGAAAUACAGGGGACUCCWGUACCACAGGCUGUGAUUCUUCCCAUCAGCAAGAACUAGAGGUUUUCAAAGAGGUCAAUAUGGUACCACUGACUUUCAGUGAUGUUGCCAUAGACUUCUCUCAGGAGGAGUGGGAAUGUCUAAACUCAGAUCAGAGGGAUUUAUACAGAGAUGUGAUGGUGGAGAAUUAUAUCAACUUGGUCUCUUUGGACUUUGAUUUCUCAACUGAGACCAACAAGCUGUCUUCAGAAAAAAACAUUUGUGAAAUAAAUUCACACCAUAAGGAGACAUUGAAAAGAAAUAAAACCUUCAACCUGAUGGGGUUUAUUUUCAGUAAUGAGCCACCAUGGAGAACUAAAUUUGGGAGACAGCAGGGAACUAAAGUGGAAUGUCAAAUGAUAAUCAGAAAACUUGUAUCCCUUCCUUUCCACCAGAGAACUCACACUGUAAACAAAUCAUACAAAUGUCAGAAAUGCAGGAAAUGCUUUAGAAAAUCUUCACAACUUACUGAACAUCUGAGAGAACAUACUGGGGCGAGUGCCUAUGUGUGUAAGGAAUGUGGAAAGGCCUUUGUAAUUCUCCGGAAUUUUAUUAAACAUCAAAAAUUUCACACUAAUCCUAAACCCUAUGAAUGUAAUAGAUGUGAGAAGGCGUUUAGGUUUUCUUCAGAGCUGAUCCGACAUCAGAUGAUUCAUACUAGUGUGAAGCCCUAUGAAUGUGUGCGGUGUGGAAAGGCUUUUAAACGUCAGUCUCACCUUGUUGAACAUCAGAGAAUUCAUAUUGGUUUGAAACCCUAUGAAUGUAAGGAUUGUGGAGAGAGCUUUAGGUUGUACCGACAUAUGUGUCUGCAUCAGAAAAGUCAUCAUGGUGUGAAGUCCUAUAUCUGCACAGAAUGUGGGAAGGCCUUUGGUCGUUGUUCGGGUCUUAUCCAACAUAGGAAAAUUCAUUCUGGUGAGAAACCAUAUAAAUGUAAACAAUGUGGAAAGGCCUUUAUUCGCAACUAUCUACUGAUUGAACAUCAAAGAAGCCACACUGGUGAGAAACCUCAUGAAUGUAUGGAAUGUGGAAAGGCCUUUAGCAGGGGCUCUAGCCUACGAAACCAUAAAAGAAUUCACAGUGGAAAGAACCUCUAUGAUUGUACAGAGUGUGGGAAGGCCUUUAAGAGGGUCUCAAGCCUUCGUAACCACAAAAGAAUCCAUAGUGGUAAGAACUUCUAUGAUUGUAAGGAGUGUGGGAAGACCUUUAGCAGGGGCUCAAGCCUUCAUAACCAUAAAAGAAUUCAUAGCGGUGAGAACCUUUAUGAUUGUAAAGAGUGUGGGAAGACCUUUGGUCGUCGCAAUCUACUUACUCAACAUCAGAGUUUUCACAGAAGUGAGAAAAGAGGAAAGCCUUGAGCCAUAGCACAACCUUUAUUGUUAUCACUGUUCCACCUCCCGAUGAUAUCAUCAUGGUGAAGAUAACACUAGUUAUGAAAUAAAAAUCCUUGGAAGGAUUGYUGGCACCUUAGUAUUUACUUACUAAAUAUAUUAUUUUAUGUCCAUGAUUAAUAUUAUUAAAAAUAAAUUCAUGAGU